AUGAUCGUUGCUCCCGCUGCUCCUGCUGCCGCGACUUCGGCGGGCAAGGCACCGAUCAACAAGCGCAAGGCCUCCUACGGAACCAUCCCGCGAGGUGGUCCACAAGUUCCGCAGCGUGCACGCUUCAGACAAGAACGAAGCCAGCUGCAGGUGGAGCGGUCCCCCGCCGCCGGCACCCUUGACGAACCCUUGGGUCCCGACGGCUCAGCGGAUGCCGGCAUGGAACAACAGCAAGAGGAAGAAGCGCAAGACCCAACUUCCAAGCCCGUGCAGGGGGGCAAGCAACAACACCCACCGCCGCCGCCGCCGCCGCCGCCAGCGUCAUGGUCGCCGCGGCUCGACGUAGCAUCGGCGUUCUUGUCCAAUCAAACCCUCGAGGAGGACGCCGCGAAGCUGGCUGACCUCCGCCUCCAGAUCCAGGCGUCAAAGUUGGCGUUCGUCGUCGAGAAGAGGAGGGAAGCGCUGGUCGAGCUCGGGUUCACGCUGAGGCGGGAGGAGGCAGCCGUGGGGCCCACGGCCAACACCAUCCAGGCGUUCCUCGACAGGACCUGGGCGGGCCGCCACGUCAGCCGCCAGGGCUUCAGCCCCCUCGACUCCGGCGGCAUUGAGUGCCCGGUCCCCUUCGGCUACAAGAGACACGGCGUCGACUCGCUAAAGAUCAGCGUGCUUCAAAAGCAGUGCAUCGCCAAGUUUGGCUCCGGCGGGGACGGCGGCGGCAGGGGCCGCAGAGCUGGAGGAGGCGCUGCGGUUAAGGUUAAGGGUGGUGGUGGUGGUGGUGGUGGUGGUGGCGGGGGCGGGGGCGAUGCCGAAGACUUCUUUCGAUCCUCUUGCGGGUUCGAAGUGUGGCGGGACAUGACGUUCGUGUUCUGCGAGGAGCUGGGGUGGGUGUUCCUGCACCAGGCCACGAAGCAGGCCGCCUCUGUCGUCAAGGACAUGUUCAGCACGGUCCACUGCCAGGAGAUGGGCGUCCUCAUGACGGACCAGGGCAACAAGGCCACCAUCGAGGGCCUAGCCUCCGCCUUUGCCUCUUGCGACGACGUGUCCGUCCGAAUCGACGGUGCCAUCGUCAAGGUUGCCGGGUCGGAGAAGCAUGUGCUGCAAGUGUCCAGGGCCAUCGAGGCAAUCGACAACAGCGCGCAACGGCUCCACUCCCCGGGGUACUGGUAUUUCCAGGGUCCAGCCGUGAACGGCGGGAUACCGGCCUGGUUCCCCAUGGAACGCGCCGCCAGCAACAGCCUGGAGCACGCCUUCCUUCACCGGACGGAGUCGAACGGGGAAAGCUCAGCGUCGUACUCGACGGGAGGUUUUUCCUACUUCGCCAACUUUGUCCUCAUGACGCAGAGCAACGCUGCGACGGGAAUGGUGCGGGCCAUCAAGCGCGUCGUCACGGACCGGAGGGUGACCCCGCUACCCCGGUGCCCCUCAGCCAACGUGCCUCUCACUCCUUUCCGCGCGGGCACUACCGUCAGCCUCGUGGACAUGUCCGAGGGGGACGAGAGGAUGGUCCGAGACGCCGUGGAAAUUUCCUACCAAGACUCGGCGGUGAUCAGGGUCCAACACAUCUGGAACUCCUUCUUGUGGGAGCACUACUCACAAAACGCCAAGUCUAUCGGGAACGAGCACAUGCUUUUCCACGGGGCUCGUUCCCACGCGAUCAACACCAUCAUGCGAACGGGUUUCGAGAAAAGACUGGCGGGAUCGACCAACGGGGCGAAAUUCGGGCAGGGAUGUUACUUUGCCCGGGACGCACUCCUUGCCGCUCAGUACAUGGCCAAGCCGCCAUGUGGCGGCCAGAUGAUCAUGGCCAAGGUGCUUGUCGGCGAGUUCGUCCGCGGAGACGCGAGCAUGCUCAUCCCGCCCAAGAUGGGGACGGGGGAGCGGCACUACGACACGACUACCAAUGAUGACUAUGCACCGUCUCUUAUUGUCACGUACAAGGACUGGCAGGCCUACCCGAUGUACCUCAUCACCUUCGCCCCGAGGGAUAAAUAGGACCUAGUAUCGACCGUUGCUGGGGGCUCCGCUGUUUCUUCUGGACGCAUGGAAAGCCAUCACCUACUGGGUCCAGACAGGUGUGCUGCUGACGUUACCGGACGCCUAUGCGACAGGGGGCCCGUCGACUGGGACGAAGCUGUUGUCACCUUCCCCCGUUUCAUAAAAAACUUGUAGUGAAGGAGGACAUCUAUGUCAAGUUCGCCAUGACCUUGGGGGCGAGGAGGCGUUUAUUCAAGGCAGCCAUACGCAGCUUGCCUCUGUUUGAGUUAUCACUGCUGUCGUUCACUGUCUGAGGCGAACGGUGUCUUUCAGUCCAGCCGACGGGCAUUCGGAGGCAAGAGAGAGUUGCCCCCCGGACGUCGACGACCGACGGUUUCUUCCGUUUGCUGGUCGCUCGGUGCCUCAUUUGGGACGACCACAAAAUGGAUGAGUUCUGGUUGGCGGAUAGGUAGCAUACUCUUGUUGUAAGAAAUCGAAAGGACGUAGCCGUUUAGCACCAUUUGGUGUGUAAGACACGGCAAGUUUCGUGACACUCUUUGUUGUUGUUAUUGUUGUUGUUCGUUGUUGUUGUUCGUUGUUGUUUGUUGUGUACACCCGCACGUUUGGAGGGUUUGCGUGCGCUCCUUCAGUUUUUUUUUUUUUUUGCUCCACGAGCAAGGGUGGCGGUCCGGGCGUGUCAUGCCACCAGACGACGGGACAGUGAACCACAAGAUGCCGCUCUUGUC